AUGAAUCAUUUCGAAAGAGCAGUCAAAAUACAAACAAUUGAAGAUUAUGAAGACUCCUAUGAAGAUUCCAAUGAAAAUGAAGAGAAUAUUCGAGACUAUAUGGGUCACCAAAAGGAUGUCGAAGCGAAUAAGGAAAACAGCGAAAAUUUACGAGUGGUAUAUCGUAAUUCAAAUUCUGCGGUACCAAGAAGUAAUGCAUCAGUUUUAACAACAAUUAAACAAAAAGUCAAGGAACAUGUAGAAAUUUUCACUGAAAUUCCUUCCUUAUAUUUAGAUCUAAGUAAAACAAAAUCUUUUGAAUCCAGGAAGUCUUCAGAAGGGCUAAUAGCAAGGAAGAAAAUAAUGAAAUCAUCAAAAGAACAGCUAAAACAGGACAGAACGAAACACCAGACAACUGCAUCUAAUACAUUCCCAGCAAAUCCAGACUCAAAUGAGAAAGAAAAUGAAACAGAUUACCCCGUUUCUUCUAACCAGAGUGCUAUAAUAAAUGAUUUAAAUAAUAUAUAUACUGAUGAGUACUCUGAUUUAAUUUAUGACGUGGAGACAAAGAUGAAAAUAAUGGAGGGAUCAAAUGAACAGCUAAACACGGACAGAGGGAAACACCAGAAAACUACAUCGAAUGUAGUCGUAACAACUCUAGACACAAAUGAGAAAGAAAACUAUACAGAUUACUCUGUUUCUUCUAACCAGAGUGCUAUAAUAAAUGAUUUAAAUAAUAUAUAUACUGAUGAGUACUCUGAUUUAAUUUAUGAUGUGGAGACAAAGAUGAAAAUAAUGGAGGGAUCAAAUGAACAGCUAAACACGGACAGAGGGAAACACCAGAAAACUACAUCGAAUGUAGUCGUAACAACUCUAGACACAAAUGAGAAANAUGAUGCAGAUACUAGGAUGAAAUUAAUGGAAGGAUCUAAUGAACAGCUAAAAACGGAUAGAGGGAAACAACACACAACUGCAUCUAAUAUUUACGAAACAACUCCCGACUCAAAUGAGGAAGAAAAUGAAACGGAUUACUCCGUUCCUUCUAACCAGAGUACUAUUAUAAAUGACUUAUUAAAUGAUGUAGAUACUAGGAUGAAAUUAAUGGAAGGAUCAAAGGAACAGCUAAAAACGGAUAGAGGGAAGCAACAUGCAACAGCAUCUAAUACAUUCGUAACUACUCCAGUCUCAAAUGAGGAAGAAAAUGAAACGGAUUACUCCGUUUCUUCUAUCCAGAGUACUAUUAUAAACGAUUUAAUAAAUGAUGCAGAUACUAGGAUGAAAUUAAUGGAAGGAUCAAAGGAACAGCUAAAUACGGAUAGAGGGAAACACCAAACAACAGCAUCUAAUCCAUUCGUAACAACUCCCGACUCAAAUGAGGAAGAAAAUUAUACGAAUUUUUCCGUUUCUGCUAUCCAGAGUACUAUCAUAAACGAUUUAAUAAAUGAUGCAGAUACUAGGGUGAAAUUCAUGGAAGGAUCUAAUGAACAGCUAAAAACGGAUAGAGGGAAACACCAAACAACAGCAUCUAAUACAUUCGUAACAACUCCCGACUCAAAUGAGGAAGGAAAUGAAGCGGAUUACUCCGCUUCUUCUAUCCAGAGUGCUAUUAAAAAUGAUUUAUUAAAUGAUGUAGAUACUAGGAUGAAAUUAAUGGAAGGAUCAAUGGAGCAGCUAAUCACGGACAAAGGGAAACACCAAACAACAGCAUCUAAUACAUUCGUAACAACUCCCGACUCAAAUGAGGAAGAAAGUGAAGCGGAUUACUCCGUUUCUUCAAUCCAGAGUACUAUUAUAAACGAAUUAAUAAAUGAUGCAGAUACUAGGAUGAAAUUAAUGGAAGGAUCUAAUGAACAGCUAAACACAGACAGAGGGAAACACCAGACAACUACAUCUAAUACAUUCGCAACAUCUCCAGUCUCAAAUGAGGAAGAAAAUUAUACGAAUUUUUCCGUUUCUUCUAUCCAGAGUACUAGUAUAAACGAUUUAAUAAAUGAUGCAGAUACUAGGAAGAAAUUAAUGGAAGGAUCUAAUGAACAGCUAAAAACGGAUAGAGGGAAACACGAAACCGCAGCAUCUAAUACAUUCGUAACAACUCCCGACUCAAAUGAGGACGAAAAUGAAACGGAUUACUCAGUUUCUUUUAUCCAGAGUACUAUUAUAAAUGAUUUAAUAAAUGAUGCAGAUACUAGGAUGAAAUUAAUGGAAGGAUCUAAUGAACAACUAAAAACGGAUAGAGGGAAACACCAAACAACAGCAUCUAAUACAUUCGUAACUACUCCUGACUCAAAUGAGGAAGAAAAUGAAACGGAUUACUCAGUUUCUUCUAUCCAGAGUACUAUUAUAAAUGAUUUAAUAAAUGAUGUAGAUACUAGGCUGAAAUUAAUGGAAGGAUCAAAGGAGCAGCUAAAUACGGACAGAGGGAAGCACCAGAUAACAACAUUUAAUGCAUUCGUAACAACUCCAGUGUAUAAUGAGGAAGAAAAUGAUACGGAUUGCUCCGUUUCUUCUAUCCAGCGUGCAAACAUAAAUGAUUUAAUAAAUGAAGUGGAUACAAGUAUGAAAAUAAUCGAGGAAUCAAAUGAACUGCUAAAUACGGACAGAGGGAAACACCAGACAACUGCAUCUAAUACAUUCGUAACUAUUCCUGACUCAAAUGAAAGGAAUCAUGUUGAAUCCACUGAUUAUGAACUAGACGAUAAAGUAACAAGGAGUAAAGACGCUUCACAUGGAGUCAUUGUAAUGUAUGACAGAACAACUACAGAGGGAGACCAUACAUCAGCCUAUUCGACAACUGUUUUAUCUGCAGUCCCGAACGCUGCACAAUCAAAUAAAGAGAGUGAUAUUGAAUCUACUGAUUAUUUUACGGUGUAUUUAAGAUCAACUACAAAUGCCGACCAGACAUCAGCACAUUUUACCACUGUUUUAACUGCAGUAUCCAAUGAGGUAGAAUCACUUAAAGAGAACGAUGUCGCAUCUACUGAUUAUUUUAAGGAGUAUUUAAGAUCAAUUACAGAUGCAGACCAGACAACAGCACAUUCUACAAUUGUUUUAACUGAAGUAUCUAAUGAGGUCGUAUCGCAUGAAAAGAAUGAUAUUGAAUCUACUGAUUAUUUUACGGAAUAUUUAAGAUCAUCUACAGAUGCCGACCAGACAUCAGCACAUUUUGCAACUGUUUUAACGGUAGAAUCCAAUGAGGUCGAAUCGCAUGAAAAGAAUGAUAUUGAAUCUACUGAUUAUUUUACGGAAUAUGUAAGAUCAUCUACAGAUGCCGACCAGACAUCAGUACAUUCUACAACUGUUUUAACUACAGUAUCCAAUGAGGUAGAAUCACUUGAAAAGAAUGGUGUUGAAGCUACUGAUUAUUUUACGGAGUAUUUAAGAUCAACAACAGAUGCCGACCAGACAUCAGCACAUUUUGCAACUGUUUUAACGGUAGAAUCCAAUGAGGUCGUAUCGCAUGAAAAGAAUGAUAUUGAAUCUACUGAUUAUUUUACGGAAUAUGUAAGAUCAUCUACAGAUGCCGACCAGACAUCAGCACAUUUUACAACUGUUUUAACUGCAGUAUCCAAUAAGAUAGAAUCACAUAAAAUGAAUGAUGUUGAAUCUACUGAUUAUUUUACGGAGUAUUUAAGAUCAAUUACAGAUGCAGACCAGACAACAGCACAUUCUACAACUGUUUUAACUGUAGUAUCCAAUGAAGCAGAAUCACAUGAAAAGAACGAUGUAGAAUCUACUGAUUAUUUUACGGAGUUUUUAAGAUCAUCUACAGAUGCCGACCAGAUAUCAGCACAUUCUACAAUUUUUUUAACUGCAGUAUCCCAUGAAGCAGAAUCACAUGAAAAGAAUGAUGUUAAAUCUACCGAUUAUUUUACGGAGUAUUUAAUAUCAUCUACCGAUACUGACCAGACAUCAGGACAUUUUGCAACUGUUUUAACUGCAGUAUCCAAUGAGGUAGAAUCGCAUGAAAAGAAUGAUGUUAAAUCUACCGAUUAUUUUACGGAAUAUUUAAGAUCAUCUGCAGAUGCCGACCCGACAUCAGUACAUUCUACAAAUGUUUUAACUACAGUUUCCAAUGAGGUGGAAUCACAUGAAAAGAAGGAUAUUGAAUCUAUUGAUUAUUUUACUGAGUAUUUAAAAUCAACUACAGAUGCAGACCAGACAUCAGCACAUUCUACAACUGUUUUAACUGCAGUAUUCAAUGAGGCAGAAUCGCAUGAAAAGCAUGAUAUUGAAUCGACCGAUUAUUUUACGGAAUAUUUAAGAUCAUCUACAGAUGCCGACCAGAUAUCAGCACUUUCUACAAAUGUUUUAACUACAGUUUCCAAUGAGGUAGAAUCACAUGAAAAGAAUGAUAUUGAAUCUACCGAUUAUUUUACGGAAUAUUUAAGAUCAUCUACAGAUGCCGACCACACAUCAGUACAUUCUACAACUGUUUCAACUUCAGUUUCCAAUGAGGUAGAAUCACAUGAAAGGAAUGGUGUUGAAUCUACUGAUUAUUUUACGGAGUAUUUAAGAUCAACUACAGAUGCCUACCAGACAUCAACACAUUUUACAACAGUUUUAAAUGCAGUAUCCAAUGAGGUAGAAUUACGUGAAAAUAAUGAUGUUGAAUCUAUUGAUUAUUUUACGGAGUAUUUAAGAUCAACUACAGAUGCAGACCAGACAUCAGCACAUUCUACAACUGUUUUAGCUGCAGUAUCCCAUGAAGCAGAAUCACAUGAAAAGAAUGAUGUUAAAUCUACCGAUUAUUUUACGGAGUAUUUAAGAUCAUCUGCAGAUGAUGACCAGACAUCAGCACAUUUUGCAACUGUUUUAACUGCAGUAUCCAAUAAGGUAGAAUCACAUGAAAAGAAUUAUGUUGAAUCUACUGAUUAUUUUACGGAGUAUUUAAGAUCAAUUGCAGAUGCAGACCAAAGAUCAGCUCAUUCUACAACUGUCUUAACUGCAGUAUCCAAUGAGGCAGAAUCGCAUGAAAAGCAUGAUGUUGAAUCUACCGAUUAUUUUACGGAAUAUUUAAAAUCAUCUACAGAUCCCAACCAGAUAUCAGCACAUUCUACAACUGUUUUAACUGCAGUAUCCAAUGAAGCAGAACCACAUGAAAAGAACGAUGUUGAAUCUACUGAUUAUUUUACGGAGUAUUUAAGAUCAUCUACAGAUGCCGACCAGAUAUCAGCACAUUUUACAACUGUUUUAACUGCAGUAUCCAAUGAGGUAGAAUUGUAUGAAAAGAAUGAUAUUGAAUCUACCGAUUAUUUUACGGAAUAUUUAAAAUCAUCUACAGAUCCCUACCAGAUAUCAGCACAUUCUACAACUCUUUUAACUGCAUUGGAUACCAAUGAAGCAGAACGACAUGAAAAGAACGAUGUUGAAUCUACUGAUUAUUUUACGGAGUAUUUAAGUUCAUCUACAGAUGCCGACCAGAUAUCAGCACAUUUUACAUCUGUUUUAACUGCAGUAUCCAAUAAGGUAGAAUCACAUGAAAAGAAUUAUGUUGAAUCUACUGAUUAUUUUACGGAGUAUUUAAGAUCAACAACAGAUGCAGACCUGACAUCAGCUCAUUCUACAACUGUUUUAACUGCAGUAUCCAAUAAUGUAGAAUCACAUGAAAAGAAUGAUGUUGAAUCUACUGAUUAUUUUACGGAGUAUUUAAGAUCAAUUACAGAUACAGACCAAAGAUCAGCGCAUUCUACAACUGUCUUAACUGCAGUAUCCUAUGAGGCAGAACCAAAUGAAAAGAAUGAUGUUGAAUCAACUAAUUAUUUUACGGAGUAUUUAAGAUCAACUACAGAUGUAGAUCAGCCAUCUGCACUUUCUGCAACUGUUUUGACUGCAGUAUCCAUUGAGGCAGAAUCACAUGAAAAGAAGGAUAUUGAAUCUAUUGAUUAUUUUACUGAGUAUUUAAAAUCAACUAGGGAGGCAGACCAGACAUCAGCACAUUCUACAACUGUUUUCUUAGCAGUAUCCAUUGAGGCAGAUUCACAUGAAAAGAAUAAUGCUGAAUCUACUGAUUAUGGACAUGACGAUAAAAUUACAAGGAUUAAGGAUGAAUAUCAUAGCGACAGUUUAGAGUAUUUGAGACUAACUACAGAGGCAGUUUAUAAUUCUACUAUUUUGUUUCUCAAGGACGAUUCUGCUUCUCUUUCUAGAAAUUUGCAUUUUCUUAAUGAUUUAAACAAAACGAAAUCUGUCCAAUCCUUUACUUCAACAGAACGUGUUUAUGGAAGGUUGCAGAGUACAAUGUAUUCAGAGGUUGAUGAUGCUGGAAAUUUAAAGUUAAACACUAGUUUUGAUCAUAUACCUUUCUCUAUAAAUGCAACAUUCAGUGAACAGAGACUUAAUGAUUAUUCUAUUUCUGAUGCUGAAAGUUUUUUAUUAAUAAAUGAUCCUAAAAAUUUAAAAUCUGAUGUGACCUUAGGUUCUACAAAUAGUUUAGAAGCAAGGAUGCAUAAAGGCUCCCACGAGGAGUUUGAAUUACAUUCUCCGACAAAUAUGUCUGUAAUAUCCAAUGAUUUAAAUGAAAUGAAAGCUGGAGGUUCUGUGGAAGGAAGUUUAGAAGAGAAUGUUUAUGGCAUUGAAAGUUUACAUAGAUAUUCUCUAGAAUCUUCAAGUUCAGAAAAAUACGAGACUUUAGCGUUUGAUGGCUCUGAAACAACAGCUAGUUCCAUUCAAAUGGAAGUAGAGGAAAAUUCUUUUACUUCUAUGGAAAUUUCUUUGCUAUCCAGUGAUUUAAAUGCAGUGAUAGCUGGAAAAUAUAUAAACGAUAUGGAAAGAGGACUAGUAAGAUUCUCAGAACAAUACCAUAGUAUGGAUGGCAUUGACAGCACACAUGUAGAUUUUCUAGAAUUUUCAAGUUCCGCUGAAAACGAGACAUUAACUUUUGAUGCAAUUGAAACAACUGCUAAUUCCAUUAAGGAGGAAGUUGAACAACAUGUUUCUAUUUCUUCGGAAAUUUCUUUAAUAUCCAGUUAUUUAAGUCAAAUGAAAGCUGGAGGUUCUUUAGAUAAUGUUGAAGGAAGAACAGAGUUCUUCUCUAGGGACAUUGAAAGCCCGCAUGGAGAUUCCUUGGAAUUUUCAAUUUCAGAUAAAGGGAAGAGCGAGACAGUAAAUGUUGAUGCAUCAGAAACGACAGCUACUUCGGAACAUUCAUUAAAUGUUGAUGCAUCGGAAACAACAGCUACUUCUGAACAUUCUUUAAAUGUUGAUGCAUCGGAAACAAAAGCUACUUCGGAACAUUCUUUAAAUGUUGAUGCAUCAGAAACAACAACUACUUCGGAACAUUCUUUUAUCUCCACGGAAAUAUUUUUAACACCCAGUGUAGUGGAAGCUGAUGAUUCUCAAAAUAAUGUAGAAGACAGCAUUUCAGGAAACAACCCUUCCAUUGAAGGUAUCAAAAGUUCACACAGAGAUUCUCUAGAAUUUUUAAAUUCAGAUAAAGGGGAAGGCGAGACAUUAACAUUUAAUGCACCAGAAACGAUUAUAGUUAAGGAGGAAGUUAUGGAAGAUUCUUUUACUUAUACAGACAUAUCUUUAAUACUCAGCGAUUUGACUGUAGUGAAAGCUAAAAAUUCUCUAGAAGAUAUAGAAGGAAGAGUAGAAAGCUUCUCAAGGUUCACUCCUCGUAUUAAAAGCACGAACGGAGACUCUCCAGAAUUUUCAAGUUCAGAUAAAGGGAAAGGCGAGAUGUCAGAAAAAACUUCCUUUAAGGAGGAAGAGCAUUAUUAUUCUUUUAUCCAAACUUAUUUAGUACCUAGUGAUUCUGGUGAACCUAUUUAUCUUCCGGAUGAUAGAGAACAGAAUGUUUCAGACAUUUCUGAUACCCAGGACGAAGACCUUCUCGAAAAAUCUCUGAGUGCAGACACCUUUAAAGAAGUUACAACUGAGGAAUUCUCAGCAAAAGUUCCUCCUUCAUUUGACAACUCUUUGUCAGAAGAGAGCGAAAUCAAGAAUUUUUAUUCGAAUGAAUCGACACCUAGUUCUGUUCAAAGAAGUGAUGAAAAAGUAUCAAACGAUAUAGAUUCGAAGAAUUCUGAGGAUGAGGAAAAAAUUGAGAAGGAUAAUAAAAGUAGUUUUAAGUCUGAGGUUAGUAAGCCUGCCGAAUCUAGAUUAUACCACAAGAAACCAAAAGAUGGUUUGAGAAACAAAUAUGUUUUCGGAGGAAAUUGCUUCACCGAGGAAGAAAGUAAAAGGAAUGAAUUUGAUAGCAAAGAAUAUGAACUACACUACCGGAAUCUUUCAUUUGGCAAAUCAUUGUUGAAGGAAUAUUUCAGGCAUUUUCGUCGAAAUAUCGAUGACCGAGAAAGCAUUUCGACGCAAUCCUCUCAUCAAACUGUAAACCUGAAUUUCGAUUGGCUCUUAAGAAGGACUCCCCACCCUCAAACUGUUCGAGAGAUUUCGCAAAGAAGUUGGCAAAAAAUCAGCACCAUUUAACUAUCAUUGAAAAUUAUCUUG